AUGAGACGUCAGAGAUUAAACUGCGAGCGCACCAGCAGGGCCUCGCGCGCCGCUGGUGCAUCGCUGCGCCGACCCCCUGCCGACCCAGAUGCUGGUCGCUGUGCUGCGGAGGGCAGAGGUGAUGGUUGUGGUUAUCGAGGUGGUGAUGCUUGUCGUGGUGGUGGUAGUGGUGGUGGUGGUGGUAGUGGUAGUGGCAGCGGCGGCGGCGGCAGCGUCAGCGGCGGCCCGUCUGCGGGCUGGCUGGUCUGGCGAGGCCGGGUCACGGGCGCGCCGGCGCCGGCGGCCGAGGGGCGGGAGGCGGGAGGGGGCCGUCUGGCGGAGCGUCUAGACGGUGCGACAGAGAGCGCGGGCGGCCGCCGCCGUCGCCCCACUUUCCCCUCGCGGCCGUCUGGCGGCGGCAGACACAGCCGCGCUGCCCGCCGCCCAGACACAGCCGCUCGGCGCGCCGCCGCGCACGCCGGUCGAUCGCCAGCCCGCUGCUACGGCGCCCACGUCAUCGUCCCCCCAAACUCGCUCCGGCGCGGCGGCACCGGCGCUCGAAUUUCAUUGCAAUAG